GUGAAUACAAUCUUCCAAUAGCUUUCGCGUGACCAAUGAAUAUCCACCCAUUUUUGCAAGACUGCUAGCGGAAAACAAGAAUAAAUAUUACAAUUUCUUGAACAAAUUACAUCUGAGGGGAAUAAUUCAUUCAGAGAACAAUGAGCUUUUUCGGGCUAGGCCAAGGAGCCGAUAUCGACAUCGCGCUCGACGAUGCAGCGACGAGAAAACAGGCUGAGAUCAAGACAGAUGACGGCAGGAAGGAGAAACUUUAUCUUUUCUACGACGGAGAGAGUUUGACAGGAAGGGUCAAUGUCACUCUCAAAGGCAAGAAGCUUGAACAUCAAGGCAUCCGUAUUGAGUUCGUAGGUCAAAUAGAGCUGUAUUACGACAGAGGGAACCAUCAUGAAUUCACAUCGCUUGUCAAAGAGCUUGCUAGGCCAGGAGAGCUCACGCAAUCAACCAGCUAUCCCUUUGAAUUCCUUAACGUAGAGAAACCAUAUGAGUCGUACACAGGUGCUAAUGUAAGAUUAAGAUAUUUUCUACGAGUGACGAUCACCAAGCGAUUGACGGACACAGUGCGUGAGAUGGAUCUGGUGGUUCACACUCUGUCACACUACCCCGAGGUCAACUCCUCUAUUAAGAUGGAAGUUGGCAUCGAGGACUGCCUCCAUAUAGAAUUUGAAUACAACAAAUCAAAAUACCAUCUCAAAGAUGUAAUCGUUGGUAAAAUCUAUUUCCUGCUUGUGAGAAUCAAGAUCAAACACAUGGAGCUUGCCAUCAUCAAAAGAGAAACGACUGGAUCAGGUCCCAAUACAUUCAAUGAAAAUGAAACCAUAGCAAAAUAUGAAAUCAUGGAUGGUGCCCCAGUAAGAGGUGAAUCAAUACCCAUAAGGCUGUUCCUGUCAGGGUACGAGCUGACGCCUACGAUGCGGGAUGUCAACAAGAAGUUCUCAGUUCGCUACUACCUGAAUCUUGUACUCGUAGAUGAGGAAGAAAGGCGGUACUUCAAACAACAGGAAGUGACGCUGUGGCGAAAAGCCGACAAGGUCAAGAAACCACUUCAGAUGCAGAGACAACAGAUGCAACACUUUGUUUCGCCGUCGCAAAACAGCAAGCCAGAGCCCAGCUCAGACGAGUAGCACACCGCCCUCUCCUGCCCUCGUCGAACCAGGCAAUUACAGUCAAACCUGUCUACAGCGACCACUCAAGGGAGACAAGAAAAGUGGUCUCAGUAGACAGGUGGUCUUUGUAAUGUAGACGGGUUCCUUUGGAACAUGUUUCAAUGAGAAACCAUUUUCAAGGGAAACAACAAGUUUCAAGUGGUCUUUGUAGAGAGGUGGUCUUUGAAGACAGGUGGUCACUAAAGCAGGUUUGACUGUACUUGUAUUUGAAUACAUAGUGUAUGAUGAUGAUGCGCUUUUAACAUAUUUUAUAUUUGCAAUGGAUGGUUGGGUUGACUUACCCUAACAGUGUAUAGAUAAUCAGACUCGCAUAGAAAUGUUUAUGUUUUUGUUGGGAACUCUUCAUAAGGUAGUGUCUGGCAUUUGUGUAGUACUGGCAGGGAUCACUACUUUUUGUUUUGUUUACAUAGCAAGAAAAUCAAGAGAGAUAGAAUAACAGGCACAGAGUGACAUAUAUUUUCAAAAGGUGAAUUUGUACAUUAUUUAGAAGUUUUCUUUACGAGCAGUUAUACGUAUGCAAUAGAUGAAGAAACUGAAGAACUUAGAUCAUGCGAUUCGUUCAGUGACACCUGCGUUUAAAGACUGCUUAUUAAAAGAGGAGAAGUGGUCUUUAUAGGCAAAGGGUCUUUGUGUACAGAUGUGUGUGAUACAGGCUUCAAUGAGACAUUCAUUUGAAGGAGAACAAACAUGUUUUUAUACAGGUGGUUGCUAAAAACAGUUUUCACUGAAAUAACCACUCUGCUUGAAACUCUACUUUCAAACGUAUUGAGAAAAAAACAAAUUGGAAUUACCGGUAUUGAUGUCCUGCUUUAGGAAAAUAUAAACCUUAAUGUUUGUCCCAAUCAAUUGCAAAUCUGAAGAUCAUCAGUUUUUAGAUAAAACACUGAGGAUGAGGGAUUAAUAAUAGAAUGAAUUUAUAUGGGGAAUAACGUGACAUUUAUUUGUAGAAAGUGUUUCAAAAACACAUGUAAAUAUGGCUUGUCGCCAAUAUUUACAUAUGUGGCAAUAUUGGCAUUAGUUUGUAGGCCUGUGGUCAUGGAAUGGAAGAAAUAUUAUUUUGUUAUAUACUUGUUUUUAAUUUCCCCUCGUAUAAUAUGUAUGUCUGGUCAUUGUAUGUUGUGUUUCUUUGUAAAGAUAAUACUGCAUGAUCGGAGCCAUCGAUAAACAGAGUUUGGCCAACUUGCUUUUUCACUUGGUCACAGCGUGGUGAAUAUUCCUUUUGUUUUGUGCUUGCCCAAAAAAUGAAUAUUUGCCUCAUUGUGCCCAAUAGAUCAGUUUACUAACAUAUUAAAAUUGUAUGCAUACUUUGUAAACAAAGGUUGAUUUUGACAACCUGAAAGCUUGCCCAGCAUAGCAACAAGUGAUGUAUUCAGACUGGAUUCCAAGUAUUGUAUUUUAUUCAUUGAUAACAGGUUUAAUGGAAUAACUCCUCACUGGGUCCCCAGGAAAGAAACAUCCAUGAAUCUGAAUAUACGUGUCUAUUCGAACCAAGUUAGCCAAACUCUCCUGAUCUAUGGCUCUGUGCAGGAUAGAGGAAGAGCGCCCUCUUUGGCCAUUGCUUUUCAUUCUGGCCAGAUAAGCAUCACAUGAUGUGUGGAAUAGAAUUUGUGUUCAAUAAUGUUUUGUUUGUUUCCUUGUAAUGGUAAGGUAGUCAUAA